GGUCGGGAGGCAUUAAAUCCCCUAAAUCCCCCGCGAUCCCUCCCAGUCGGAUCGAUCGGGCGGCCGCGAGACCGGGCGACUCGCACAGGAAUCGGGAGGAUUAUGUGUAUAGACAUACUAGGUGGCUUGACCUAAAUAAUUUAGAAAGAGGGCUUGACGUAAAGCGUUUACAUCCCCGUGGCCAAUCCAUCCCGUCGUCCCCGUCUCUGGUCUGCCCCUCGCCGGAGAUGGUGCAGAGGUUGAGCCGCGUCGCGGUUGUAGAGGAGGACAGAUGCAAGCCUAAAAAGUGUGGACAGGAGUGCAAACGAAACUGCCCCGUCGUGAAGAUCGGGAAGCAUUGCAUCGAAGUCGGUCCAAAGUCCAAGUCUGCACUCAUCUCUGAAGAACUGUGCAUAGGCUGUGGUAUUUGCGUCAAGAAGUGCCCCUUUGGUGCCAUUACCAUCAUCAACCUUCCAAAGGAUUUGGACAGAGAUACCACCCAUCGCUUUGGCCCAAACAGCUUCAAAUUGCACAGGCUGCCUGUCCCGAGACCUGGUCAAGUUUUGGGCCUUGUUGGGAUAAAUGGAAUUGGAAAGUCCACAGCACUUAACAUCUUAGCUGGAGCGAUCAAGCCUAACUUGGGAAGAUUCAAUAAUCCACCUGAUUGGCACGAAAUCCUUGCAUACUUCCAUGGGUCUGAACUUCAGAAUUACUUCAAGCGUAUGGUCGAGAAUAACCUCAAGCCAAUCAUGAAGCCUCAGGUUGAGAUAAUACAUAAAAACCGGAAUUCUUGUCGAGGAAUUGUAGGCCAACUACUUGAUCGGAAGGAUGAGAGGGGUACGAAAGAUCAGCUGUGCAACGAACUUCAAUUGAGUGAAAUUAUUGACCGAGAAGUAGCCAAACUUUCCGGUGGUGAGCUUCAAAGAGUUGGAAUAGCAGCCGCUGCCCUACAAAGUGCGGAAAUUUACAUGUUUGAUGAGCCAUCAAGUUAUCUUGAUGUUAGGCAGAGGCUAAAUGCUGCAAGAGUAAUAAAGUCCCUGCUUAGAACAAACAGCUAUGUCAUCGUGGUGGAACAUGACUUGAGUGUCUUAGAUUACAUGUCUGACUAUGUUUGCUGUUUAUAUGGAAAACCUGGAGCAUAUGGCGUUGUUACACUGCCAUUUUCGGUUCGAGAAGGUGUCAAUAUUUUCUUGGCUGGAUUUAUUCCAACAGAAAACCUUCGGUUCCGAGAUGAAUCUCUUACUUUCAAGAUUGUGGAUGCCCAGGAAGAUGCUGAGAUCAAGACAUAUCAGCAGUACAAGUACCCUACCAUGAGCAAAACAAUUGGUAACUUUAAACUCACUGUCGUGGAAGGUGAAUUCACUGAUUCUCAGAUUGUUGUGAUGCUUGGUGAGAACGGGACAGGGAAGACCACAUUCAUCAGGAUGCUAGCUGGGGUGGAGAAGCCAGACACUGUGGAUGGAGUUGAUAUUGAAGUUCCUGAAUUUUAUGUCUCCUACAAGCCACAGAAGAUUGCGUUAACAUACCCGGGUACAGUGAGGCAAUUUCUUCAUGAGAAAAUACGGGAUUCAUACACUCACCCUCAGUUUGUGUCCGAUGUCAUGAAGCCACUAAAAAUGGAGCAACUCAUUGACCAGGAAGUUCUGCAUUUAUCAUGUGGACAGCAACAGAGGGUAGCAAUAUGUGUUUGUCUCGGAAAGCCUGCAGAUAUUUACCUGAUUGAUGAACAAAGUGCAUCUCUUGAUGCAGAGCAGCGUAUUGUUGCCUCAAAGGUUAUCAAAAGAUUUGUCCUGCAUGCAAAUAAAACUGCAUUUAUUGUUGAACAUGAUUUCAUCAUGGCAACCUACUUAGCUGACAAGGUUAUCGUCUAUGAGGGACAGCCUGCUAUUGACUGUACUGCCAAUUCACCUCAGUCUUUGCUAUCUGGGAUGAAUAAAUUCUUAUCACAUCUGGACAUUACUUUUAGAAGAGACCCGACCAACUUCAGGCCACGAAUAAACAAAUUGGAAUCUGCAAAAGACAGGGAACAGAAGUCUGUAGGAUCGUACUAUUAUCUCUGACACGGGCAUAAUGGUUGAUAUAUUGCUACCACUGUAUAGCACUGUACCUAUGGUGCUUGUAGUUGAGGGAACUAAAGUGGAUUUGGCCAUGGGGGCUGAGAGGAACGGGAUGGAAGCGAUGUUUGGACAAUUGCAGGGAACAAGGCAGCACGCACUGAAUUGGAGCAAGGGAAAGGAUGGGCACUUGUUGUCUGGGCCAAGACUUGAACUGGUCUGGAGCAGAACAAGUAAGAUAGGUCAACCCAGACAAGAGUGGAAGCAUGGUAACCUCUUAUGGAAUCCACUGAAAGGAUUUGGAGGAAGUGCAGGAACUACUGAGUGGUUGGAUCAGAUCAAGGAUUCCACACUAGCAGCAGUAGUACCAACCUUUAGAACACCCCCUCGUUUGGUAUUUGGAUUACAUGAUGGUGCAGAGCAUUCUGUUGGUCUUCAGCCACAGCCAUUGCAGAAUGAUAAGUCUGGUGCUCUCAAGGGCGAGGCCACACCAGAAGCUGUGGUCCCAACAACCUUUAGGACGCCUCCUUGUUUGCAUGAUGGCAAGGAGCGCCCUGCUGGAUUUGUACCUCAGCGAUUAUUGGACAAAUGGAAACUAGGAGAUCGACUACUGUCACAUGAGCUAAGGGGUGGGUGGCGCAGGAUCCGUUUGUUGCUGGUUGUUUAGACUUGUAUUUGGCUUAUGGAAUGCUUGUGAACUCUGAGACUGUUUUAUGUACUAUAUGGGUAGUUUGUGCGCCAGGUUUUUUGUCCCAUAGAUUGUAUUCUAGAUUGAAUACAAACAGUGGGUUUUCCUGGCACCUUGAACCCGCAAUUUAUUCUCUAUGUUGAACUUAGUAGUUAAAUAAAACAAUCUAGUUGUUUUA